AAGGCAAACAAAACAAGCUCAAACAACGUGUCCUGGGGUACACAGCUAUAGCUUCCUCGCUCCGAUCCCUUGCAACAAAUCGAACGCCAUGGCUCCUCGCGCUAAGAACUCUCUAGUGGCGGAGGGUGACGUGAGCGUGCAGAAGGUGAAGAAGAUCGAGCCUGUCUACGACUACGACCUAGUCACCAGACCCUGGGUGUUCGGCAACCCGAGAGUGGUGACGGUGCUGGCAAGGCCGCCGCCGGGUGCCGGGGUUUCUGUCGCCUCAGGCCAGAAGAAGCUGUUCCAGAGGGCGCUGUCAGAGCAAGAGAUCAUCAACGACUACAUCGCCAGAAAGAAGAAGCAGUUUGCCGGGGAGAUCCCAUAUAGUACCUAGGGUGUUUACAUAUAUAGUUUGAGAAGAGAUAAAAAAAUCCUACAAUUAAGCCCUCUCUAUAUAUAUCUAUAUAUGUACUCAGAGAGUACAUCGUUAAUUAUAUGUGUUGUGUUAUGGAAUUAAUACCUUAUUUCCUAUUUCUGAGGGUUUAAGCCGUCGAAAA